GUACAUCCACGCUCUCUACCUGGGCGCGCAGAGUCGUUUGCACAGCAACGGGCCCCGUCGUCACUUCCACUGGCGGCUGAUGUUCGAGAGCGCCGACAUCACCAUGCUCCGCCUCCUGGAGGCGUUCCUGAAGUCCGCCCCGCAGCUCGUCCUCCAGCUGAGCAUCAUGAUCCACGGAAACACCGUCCUCCCGCUGCAGGGUCUCUCUGCCUCUGCCUCCCUGGUGUCCUUGGCCUGGAUGAUCGCCUCGUACCAGAAGGUUCUCCGGGACUCCCGCGAUGACAAACUGCCAAUGUCCUACAAGGCCGUGAUCACCCAGAUGCUGUGGCACUUUUUCACCAUAGGGGCGAGGACGGUGGCCUUCGCCCUCUUUGCCUCCGUCUUCCAGCUCUACUUUGGGAUAUUCAUCGUCAGCCACUGGUGUGUCAUGACCUUCUGGAUCAUCCAAGGUGAGACCGACUUCUGCAUGUCCAAAUGGGAGGAGAUCAUCUACAACAUGGUGGUUGGCAUCAUCUACAUCUUCUGCUGGUUUAAUGUCAAAGAGGGCCCCAGUCGUUUUCGUAUGACUGUCUACUACUCUGUGACCCUGGCUGAGAAUGUGGCACUGACUGCCGCCUGGUACACCUACCGAGGGCCGCACACCUCUGACUCCUACGCCCUGGUGGUUGUGUGCCUGGUGGCCUGCAGCUUUGCCCUUGGAACCUUCUUCAUGUUGGUCUACUACUGUUGGCUUCACCCUGACGGGCCU